GCGCAGUGUUAUUGUUGGUGCCAGGUACAUUGUGGUGGAAAUUGCGGGGAUCCUUUCCACACUGGGCUCCAGAUCCUCCCUGUUGAGGGACAUGAAGGCCCUGAGGACCUUUGGCUCAAUGAUCAGCUCGAACUCCCAGGAGCUGGAGAACACUGGGAUGGACGUGUGGAAGCACGUGCAGGGCAUGCAGGUGGACACCAAGGGCCACGUGGUAGUGAAUGAGUACCAGAAUACCACAAGGAGAGGCGUCUACACUGUCGAGGACGUCUGUGGGAGAGCCCUCCUCACCCCAGUGGCGAUCGUGCCUGGCAGAAAGCUGGCACACAGGCUCUUCGAGGGCAAGCAGGACUCCCGGCUGGACUACCGUGACACCCCCACCAUCAUCUUCAGCCACCCGCCCAUCGGCACCAUGGGCCUCUCCGAAGAUGAAGCUGUGGCCACGCACAGGAGGGAGAACGUGAAUAUCUACAGCACGUGCUUCACCCCCUUCCACCACACCAUCACCCAGAGGAAGUUUAAGUGUGUCAUGAAGCUGGUGUGCACUGGCGAGGAGGAGAAGAUGGUGGAAUUGCACCUGCAAGUGCUGGGCUGUGACAAAAUGCUCUGGGGCUUUGCCAUGGCCUUCAAAAUGGGGGCCACCAAGGCCAACUUGAACAACACUGUUGCCAUUCACCCCACUUCUGCUGAAGAGCUGGUGAUGCU